GCCGCUCGCUAUUGGCUCCGCCGGCUCCCGGCGCGCACUGCGGCUGGAGCGCGGGAGCGGCGGCGGGACGGAGCCGCGGGGAUGGGAAUCCAUGGCCUGGCCAAGCUUAUUGCUGACGUGGCUCCUGGCGCCAUCCGGGAGAAUGACAUCAAGUCUUACUUUGGCCGGAAGGUCGCUAUAGAUGCCUCCAUGAGUAUCUACCAGUUCCUGAUUGCCGUGCGGCAGGGAGCUGAAGUCCUUCAGAAUGAGGAGGGCGAGACCACGAGCCACCUGAUGGGCAUGUUCUACCGGACCAUUCGCAUGGUGGAGAACGGCAUCAAGCCAGUUUACGUCUUUGAUGGCAAGCCUCCGCAGCUGAAAUCGGGGGAGCUGGCAAAGCGGACUGAGCGCCGGGCUGAGGCUGAGAAACACCUGCAGGAGGCUCAGGAGGCUGGAGAGGAGAGUAACAUUGAGAAGUACAGCAAGAGGCUGGUCAAGGUGACCCAGCAGCACACCGACGAGUGCAAGAAGUUACUAAGGCUGAUGGGUAUCCCCUAUGUGGAGGCACCAGGGGAGGCCGAAGCCAGCUGCGCUAUCUUGGUGAAGGCUGGGAAGGUCUAUGCCGCUGCCACAGAAGAUAUGGAUUGCCUGACCUUCGGCAGUCCUGUACUGAUGCGACAUCUUACUGCCAGUGAGACGAAGAAGCUACCCAUCCAGGAGUUUCACCUGAACCGUAUUCUACAGGAUCUAGGGCUGACCUGGGAACAGUUUGUGGAUCUGUGUAUCCUCCUGGGCUGUGACUACUGCGAGAGCAUCCGUGGCAUUGGGCCCAAGCGUGCCGUUGAGCUCAUCAGGGAGCACAAAACCAUCGAGAAGAUCGUUCAGCAGAUAGACACCAAGAAGUUCCCUCUGCCGGAAAACUGGUUGCACAAAGAGGCCCAGAAGCUCUUCCUAGAGCCUGAUGUGGUCAACCCUGACGCUGUUGAGCUGAAGUGGACCGAGCCGAAUGAAGAAGAGCUCGUUGAGUUCAUGUGCGGGGAGAAGCAGUUCAACGAAGAGCGGAUACGCAACGGUGUCAAGAAGCUGAGCAAAAGCCGGCAGGGCAGCACGCAGGGCCGGCUGGACGACUUCUUCAAGGUGACGGGCUCCAUCACGUCAGCCAAGCGCAAGGAGCCAGAGACCAAGGGGUCAGCGAAGAAGAAAGCCAAGACCAACAGCGCCGCAAAGACCAAAAAGGGAAAAUAGCCAGACUGGCCGCCUGCAAACCCCUGUGAUUUGUUUUUUAUGCUCAACCAGGAAUUUUAGGCUAAUAACAAACGGUCAUCUUUGUUCUGCAUGUUAGUGCUGGGAAGGAUGCUGCUAAAGUGCUUCCCCACCAGGCUAGGUUAGUGAAUCGGAUAAGCAUCUUCCUGCGCAGCAGUAGUAACAAAUGAGGCUAGGAGAGAAGAGAGCUGAAACAACCGCAGCAUGGGGGGCUUGGAGGGGUGAGGAACCAGGGAGUUGCGUUCAGCAGUUCAGCAGCAGCGUUCAUCGGUGUGAGACUUUUGAUGAGGAGGCCACAGGAGGGAGAUACCCAGGCUGUGGAGUUCAAGGGAGGUGCUGAUCACAGACACCCUCUCUGAUUUCAGAAAUAAAAAGUUAAUUGGCUAGAGAGCAAACUGGGUAUGAAUGAUAGAUUUCUGCCUGACGAAAUCCACCCAAAAAAGAGGUAGGUGCAAACAGCAGAGGCUGAAGGAGAAACUGGGGAGAUGUGAAUGGAAGGUAAGCUGGAAUUGGAAAGGAGACUUGAAGUAAUGAAGCAAACUCCCACUUCCCCAUCUAAUGAGGGUUGGGAAUAGGUUAUUCAUUCCCUACUGUGGUAAUUUUUUAUUUGUUUAAAAAAAAAAAAAAGUUAUAAUCCCGAUUCCAGCAAAGUUCUGGCCUGUUCUUAGUGCGUAAACCGAGGACAAGCUGGGCGGAGGCUGCAGCUCUCCAAGGCUGAAUUUUGCUGCUAGGUUCUGGUUUAUGUUUAAAAAGAAAAAAUGUUAAACCUAGAACGGAAGCCUGUUCACUCCCUAAUUUCAUAUGGCAUUCUUCCAUGUUGUACACCCAGAGACUGGUCCCAGACUAAGAAGAAAAAGAGAUAGCGCCUCUUUUUUUUUACUUUAUUUUAUUCUGCAUUUUGCAUAGUCUUUUCCUCUUACAUGUCAAUGCGAUGCGCUGGGCUUUGUUUUCAGAAUAAAACUUAUACACAAAUACAA